UUGCUAGACUUUAUAUUAGCGGGGCUUUUAUUGUGGUUUAAAAGCCAACCGGAAGUUCCGAUGUUACUGUAAGUUGCUAGCAGCUAAAGCUAGAAAGGUUAUCAUCAGAUCCAAACGAUCAUUUAACUUAACUCAUAAAUUGGUUGACAUUAAUUAGAUACGCUGGCUGAGCACGUUGAGACUGAAAAUGAGAGAGAAGUAGAAACACUGCCAAGUCUUUUCAAUAAACUUCUAUCGAGCGACUUCUUAUUACCUGAGGGAAAAAUCUAUGCUGAGGUUGUAUAUUUGAGAGAUGGGGUCUGAAAACCCAGACGACUUUGGACCAGCUGUGCUCCUCGCUGAGGAAGAGCAGCAAGAAAUAGGAGGUCUGAUCAACUCUGAUGGGGAGGAAGUUGAUUUCUCGGAUCUCGGAGAGAGCGCCGUCCACGGUAUCGGAAUAGCAGAGCCUCCCUCAAAGACGUUUGACCAGACUGAGAAUGAAAAGCCACCGUCUCUUCACAGCUGCUCAGUGUGUGGCAAAGACUUCCCUUACGCCUCUAAGCUCCAGCGCCACCUACGCACUCACUCAGGAGAGAGGCCUUUCCCCUGCUCCAUGUGUGAGAAGAGAUUUCCAGAGAAGGGGCUUCUCAUGAUCCAUGAAAGGGUCCACACUGGGGAGAAGCCUUUCCCAUGCACUUUCUGUGAGAAACGAUUUGCCAGUCAGGGGGAGCUCAGGCUUCACCGGCGGACACACACCGGCGAGAGGCCGUACCACUGCUCCAUCUGCCUGAAGAGCUUUUCACGUCACUGGCACCUGAAAACACACUUAGAGGCCAUGCACUCGGAGGUUGUUGCCGGCUUUACGAGGAAGAAGUUUCCGUGUUCGGACUGUGAAAAGAGCUGUAACUCGGCAGCCGAACUGAGAGAUCAUCAGAGGACUCACACUGGAGAGAGGCCCUACCAGUGCUCUUUCUGUGACAAACGGUUUGCCUUGUCGGGUACUCUAGUGAGACACGAGCGUCUCCAUACCGGCAUUACCCCCUACCACUGCUCUGACUGUGGGAAGACAUUUGCACAGCAGUGGACGCUUACGACGCACAUGCGAACUCACACGGGGGAAAAACCGUACAGCUGCACGCAGUGUGAUAAGUCUUUCGUAGCUCCCGGAGAGCUUCGGAGACACACAAGGAUUCACACUGGGGAAAAGCCGUACACCUGCGCGGACUGUGGGAGGCACUUCUCACUGGCAGGAACUCUCAGAAACCACAAACGGUCGUGUACGCAGAACAAAAAUGGAUCAGUUACAGGUCUCAUCUCAGGCCCAGUUCAAGCUCCAGAUGGUGAAUCAUCCCAACAAGACCUGACCAACAACAUCAGCUCUGAGGUGUCUGGCAGACAGAGUUUUCCCAGUUCGGUCGAGCCCCGUUCUUCAGAGGGUCUUAACUGUGACAAAGCAGCUCAGUGUGAAAAUAACCAGAGACAGUCAGAAGACCGGCAGGAGGACACCACCUCCAGUCCACAAAUGAAUGUAAUAGUGAAAGAGGAGGAAGAAGAGGAACCUUUGUGUGAAGCUCUUGACCAGGCGUCCAGGGGUGAGGAUUGCACCAUGUCAGAGGAAAGUGAAGAGCUGCAGCAGGAAAGCAACACAGAAAUUAGGAUUACAGUGAAGGAGGAAGAAGAGGAACCUGUCAACAUGACUGUAGAGGAUCCUGAUUGUGUUGCUGACAGUGAAAAAGACAGUCCUCCAUUAUCGCCAGUGCAGGAAGAGUUAAACAACAAUCUCACAAAGAGCUCUUACUGCUGUGGGCUCUGUGGAAGAGACUGUCACAAGAUGUCUGCGCUGCAAAUCCACAUGCGAAUUCACUCGGGAGAGAAACCUUAUCAAUGCAGUCUGUGUGGGAAGCAGUUCACCCAGAAAGGUCAACUCAAAGGUCACCAGAAAGUCCACACAGGAGAGAAACCGUUCUCCUGCCCGGACUGCGGGAAGAGCUUUGCCCACUCGGGGGCCAUGAACAGACACCGGCUCACUCACACAGGAGAGAGGCCCUACCACUGCUCCGUGUGUGACAGGAGCUUCAACCAGUCCGGACGCUUGAGGGAACAUGAGAAAAUUCACUUUGGGGAGAAGUUUGACUGUCCAGAGUGUGAAAAGAGUUUCACACGAGCUUCAAGCCUCAAGAACCAUUUCAGGCUUCACACAGGAGAGAGGCCGUAUGGCUGCGACAUCUGCGGGAGAGGAUUCAGCCGCUCGCAAAGCCUGAGGCUCCACAAACGAAAACAUGAGCUGAUACAGACUGAGGAGGAGUCUGCCUUCAAUGUGAAGAAUGAUGAAUUCUCACAGAGUGACGAUAACUCUCCAAUUAAUAUGUGUAUAACAGACAAAAACAUCUUAUAAUGUAUUUAUAUAAACCACACAGGUAUGUGCCAGUAGUGCUAUAACAGUACAAGAUUUUAGGCAGUAGAACGUGAACUGAAAGAGACGUAAGUGACUACCUCUGUGAAUAGAUCGUUAUUAAACCUUUAUGUGGUGGUUCACCCAAAAAGUAUUAAAACUAAAAUAUUUAUCUCCCGGAAAGGUGCAAAUUAACACACAAUCACACAAACCAGUUGAUGUUCAGUGACUUUCAACACAGUUUCAAACAAAAUGACAAAACAAAUAUUUGCUACAAACGCAACUUUUGUAAAAUCUUGGAAACUGUUGAGACGAUAAAUUUUAGAGGUCAUAUUUGCUCGUUUAUCACUAUGUUAGUUUCAUUGGAAAAUCAUAGUAUUUAAGGUAGUGCAAAUGAGUCAUUUAAGGUUUGUGAUUUCACUGUGUCCAUGCAGUAUUUUCCAUUCCAACUAAUUGUGUAUGUGGAAAUUGGAUUGAAGAGUAAUUAUGUUUUUGUAUCAGAUGUUACGGUGGUCAAUGAGCAGUCCAGGAAUCAGGUGAAACUGGAAUUCAUUCUUUGGGAAAUGUACCCAGUAACAAAACCAUGGGAACAUGAGGUUACAUCAGGUGUUUGCCAAAACCAUUUUGCCUUAGUGGUGAUAAAUUUUUAUCUCUGUUUUGUACAGUAGUUAUUCAAAAACCAAAUCAUGAUUCAGGUUCACCUGGUUUAAACAGCUCUUUAAGGCCAAGAAACCAUUGUGAAUUAAAGGCUACGAUACAAAAGGCAAACAUUUGAAGCCAUGUAGAUGGUAAAUUUUGCCUAGUGCUGCCUCUGUCUAAUUGUAUGGGACAUGUUAUACUGAACAAUAAAAGUAAAAGUACUAAAGUU